GUUUCGCGGCAAAAAAGAUUUCGCGCGAAAACUGUCCCAGUCUUGUUUAGAUGUGGAUCAGCUGGGACAAUAACAACAAUAACAGCCGUCAACGGGGUCGCAACUGCGCUUUUAUACAUGAACCGCGCCCGUUGCGAGGAACCGACGGACCAGCGGCUGCUUGUUUAGAGGAUGAGUUUAUAUUUUGCCGGUUUAUUUGUUACAUUUCCAGUUUUGUCAGACUGCUUCCUGCGUGCCCCAACUAAACAAGGGGGCUGAAGAACUGCAGCUAAUAAUUUAGCUAGCAUGCUAAUCCGCCUUAUAUAUCCGUAUAUUUGAUAUCGGGUAAUAUUCCGCCGAGCUCACUGUUGCAUCAUUACAUUGACUUUCAAAAAUGCGUUUGGACUUAUUGGUGACGUAUUUUGCAUCGUAGAUAUUUGAUUCUGAUAGCUCACUCCUGGAAUGCUGCUAUAAAGUUGUAAUAGCCAUUUAACAGACCCCCGUCUGACGUGUGGCGAUAAAUACUACCGUUUGAAUGCCUUAGUUUGAAUGAACAGCUAGUCGGCGGCCGCACUUGUUUGUUAGUUAACUUGUGUCGGUCUUUGUUGUCGGGACACUAGCUAGCCGUGUUAGCAGGCUCGGUGGUGGUUGUGUUGAGGGCAGUGCGGCCAGGCCUCGCGGCUCUACUGUAUCGUCACUGACAGGAGAGAUGAAAACAAAAGAUUAGCCUGCUAGCUCGCUAACCCCCCCUCCCACGGGGCGUCUAUCGCAGCCACGGCCCACUUCACGGCUCUUACUCUGGUAACAUGUCAGCGGCCGAGCCCCGGAGGUCGUAGCUGGAAACAAUAAUCGUUUAUUUGCCAAAUUUCGUGUCUGGCAGAACCUCCUGUGUGGCCGUUUCACCACAAACCUGAUAGUGUUUUUCACCAGUUAGCUUACUCUAGGUUAUCAUUCAUGUUUAAAUAAUACUAGUAAUAAGUAGCUUGAACAAAAAGGAAUAUGACGCAAAAUAAGAAAAGGAGAACUUAAAAAAAAAAAAAAAAAAAAAAAGAAAUGCUGGAGCUGCCUGUAAUCGCCUUGAAACAAACUUUGAAAAGGUUUCAUCGCUGCUGGUUAAAUCCUCGGAUCACAGCCAAUCCAAGUGGUUGCUGAAAGUCAAACUGCAGCCUCUUCGCUCGCCCCUGAAGUCCAGUGGAGCGGUGACCCUGGUGACCCUCCACCAUGUCAGAGACUCUGAUCACGGGCCACACAUCGGAGGAUCUGUUGGUCGACUUUGAGACUUUGCUGAACUCCGGGAGCAUCGACCUGAGCGACAACCACCAGAUAGUGAUCAUCACCAGCCCCAGCAAUGAGGGACUCCACCCGGUCUCUGCCCCCACCAGCACGGGGGAGAUCCUGCUGUUCGCCACGCCGCAGGGCACCGUCGACGUGGGGGUCCAGGACAAGAGACGGCCAGCUCUGGGGAGACCUCCGGUAAAGAGGAAGUUGGACCUGGACAGCGACCAUCAGUACGUCAGCACAACUCGACCAUCCAUAGGCCAAGCACCACCCUCCACACCCGCUCCUCCCAGAGUUCCCCGAACCACGACGGAGAAGUCCCGCUACGACACCUCCUUAAACCUGACCACCAAGCGCUUUCUCAACCUGCUUUCCCAGUCAGCCGACGGCGUGGUGGAUCUCAACUGGGCCUCACAGGUCCUGGAUGUCCAGAAGAGACGCAUCUACGACAUAACCAACGUCCUGGAGGGAAUUCAGCUCAUCUCCAAGAAGUCCAAGAACAACAUCCAGUGGCUGGGGAAUCGAGUUGAUGCGGCGUUGGUUUCCCGCCAAAAGGACUUGCACGGAGAGGUGUGCGACCUCACGGACGCCGAAGAUCAGCUGGACGAGCUCAUUUCCAAAUGCAACCUGCAGCUCCGACUGCUCACCGAGGACACGCAGAACAAGAAAUAUCCUUUUCACACACUUAUUUCAAGUUAUUGGUUAUUUCAAUUUAUUUUUAGACCGUGUUGCAGUCUUGGAAUAACCCCCCAUGCUGCUGCGUUGGGUUCCUUCACCGGUGCGUUCAUCACAUUGGGAUACGUGCGCUGCCAGGACUUAAAGAAGUCCUUUGAUUCCCCGGACCAGCUGGUCAUGGUGAUCAGGGCGCCACCAGAGACCCAGAUGCAGGUUUCAGAACCCAGCAAGGGUUACCAGGUGUCGCUGAAGAGCACUCGGGGUCCUAUCGACGUCUUCCUCUGUCCGGAGGAAAGCUCCGGCGUCUGCAGCCCCGUGACGGGAGGUAGUCCCUCCAAACCCGACCCGUUGCUGGUACCGCCUCCAACACAACCCACAGACCAAUCGCAAGCCAGAAACUCUACAGCAGCGCUGGACGCGACUUCGUCGUCACCGGCGGCGUCACCGGCGGCGUCCACGUCGUCCACGGCGACGGCAGCCUCGCAGCACGACCCCUCGUCACUGGUGCUAGGCGGCGACGCAGAGUCGCUGCUGGGAGGCGACCCCUUCUCCGGCCUUGGAGAAAUGCCCGAUUUCAACCUCUCGCCUCUCUCCUCCUCGGACUUCAUGAACGCAGACGGAAUUCCUCUCCCACUGGACGGUUUCAUCAACCUGUCCCCCCCCCACAGUCACGACUACCACUUUGGACUGCAGGACCACGAAGGCAUAAGUGAACUGUUCAACUGUGACUUUGACGACCUGUCGCAAGUACUGGGCGACGUUUAGUUGGAAGGCCUCUCCAACCCGUCCUCAGGUACCUGAGUCUUCCAGAAGAGGGCUCGACAUCCACAUUUCUUUGGCAAAAUAUCUGUCAAAACUCCAAACCUGAUGUUUUAAUUGUGCGGUGUGGGUAAAAAUGAUUUGUGGGUUAGUUCCCGUUUUCCCCCGAAUACUGCCUGAUUCCAAAAUCUCUAUAUUCUAACUUAUCUUUGGCCAUUUGACUUUAGACAAAGCUUCAGUAGUGCUAUUUAAAUUAUUUAUGUGAAUGCUAUUAUGAUCAUUUGUUUGUAUGUUUUAUCCAGGUGGAUUGUGCAGUGGUUUGAGUCAGGACUCAUAGGGCUGGUUUCCUUCACACAGAAUAGUUUACAUGCGACGUCCGGUCGUCCGAAGGGGAGAGGUUGCAUCCCGCUGCUGAGCGUCUUCAGACGGGACGCUUCAGAGCGGCGCCUAGAGAGCACAAACGUUUCUCCGUCGAUAGUUACAGACGGACUGGUUUCCCCGCCCCGUCCUAAGGACUGGUCUCCAGGAACCAAUUAACAAAGUAGUGAUGAAACAGUUUAAGGUUCAUCUACAAUUUCCUUUCAAACUCACCGACAACUGCAUUUACUGGGAUAUAUAUGUGUAUAUAUAUAUACAUAUAUAUCUGAAUUGCAUGAAGGGAGAUGGUGGAGCUUGACCCUCAUCUUUCUUCAAAUAAGUUGUAACCCAAAGGGCUACUGUGACUUUUUCGACGUGUGUGAUUCACUUUUCUUCAAAAGGCCGCUCCGUCAUGUGGCUUGAAGGGUCCAGAUGAGGUUUUGUUGGUGUGGAGGAGAGCAGGUGGCGAUAGUUAGCGAGUGACUAAACGGCUAAUGCGGAACGUGCCGUUCUUCAUUAGUUAGCUCAGGUGUUCAGAGAGGAGGCGAGUCUUAAUUCCGAGUGUAGCUCUUUUCGAUGCGUUUGGUAGGUUGAUGGUAGGUUUUGUGCAGGUUUAGAUUAAUGUGUUGAAGACUCAGCGUGCUUUUAGAAGUUUUUGUUGUUGUAAUUUUAGGGGUCAAAGCAGGAGAAGUUGGGUUACUAAUGGGCGAUGGUGGCGCACGGAGUAGAGCAGUGCGCUGGGGGCCGCAAGGUUGGUGGUACGAAUCCUGGCUGCCCCAUGUGCCAUGUUGAAGUGUCCCUGAGCAAGACACCUAACCCCUAAUUGCUCCCCAGGCAAAAUGUAAUGCAUGGGUUAUAAUGCAAUGUAAGUGGCUUUGGAUAAAAGCGUCAGCUAAAUAACAUGUAAUGUAAGUUAAUCAGAUGCCUGUAGACCAAUCUCCCCCCCCCCCCCCCCCCCCCACCCUCUCGUGUGGCUCCCAGCGGGUCCCAGACUCCCGAUCCAAAGGGAUCCUCCCACAAUCUGCACCGCAUGUUUUUAAAAAGAUGAAGCAUUCCGACAUGCUUGUUCUUGUUCAGCAUUUGCACUUCAGAUCGGUUCAGAGAGUCGACUUUCAUGAAUCAACGGCCUGUGGCAGGGAUGGAUUCUCUUCGCCCCCCGAGAGGAUCCAUCCCUGCUUGUUUGUCCUCAGCAGCCACGCCCGGCUGCAUCUUCACUUCCACAUGCAUCGAUUUCUCAGUCGAGAUUAGCAGCAAAACGCCGAGCUGUUUCGUCAUCAUGUGGAGAGAUGAAGCGCCGCUGCGCGUGACGUUCCUUCUCGUUGUCCUCUUUAACCUUCCGGCGUGUUCUAAGUUAUGUGAGUUAAGAUUUCAAAUUUGUUUUUGUUUUUAUUCUUGGAGCAUCAGGGCUUGAUAUGUGUGCUAGUGCGUGUAAUUGUUUGUCGAACUUCCUAUUUAUCUUUCUUUAAAAGGGUUGGUGGUUCAUAGAAGAAAUUGUACAGAAUUUUACAUUAAUUUGUCUGACAGGAAGCGACUUCACACCGAUGCGUUUAUUUGGGGAAUCCAAACAAAUCAUGAAUCGACAUAUGUGUCCUUCAGUGGCGAAAAAUAAGUCUCCUGUUUUGUAAAUAUCAGUAGCACCUUUUUUUAAUGUUUUGCAAUGAGAAGAUAUUUUUACCUUGUUGUGCAUGUGCAACCUUUUCGUUGCCCAAUGAUUCAUACAAAUAAUCAGGAAUACACUUUAUCGUUUUGACCGGACCGACCGACGUGGAACAUAAUAAUUUCACACUGUCUCUCGCUGGUUUAGAUGACGGAUAUCUCCCAAUGUUGCUGACCUGAGGUUGUACAUGUGUUGUCGUGUCACCCUUUUUGUGCCUCUAACUGUCGCGUGAAUGUGGGAACAACUUGUUGCUACAAUCACCUUUUACUUCCUUUUCCAUUCGCUGGUCAGAUUCAGUGCAUAACAACUGAAGAAAUGUUCACCCGGCAGGUGCUACGAGCCUCUCAAAUGUCUGUUUGUGACCCUCGGGUCGUAACGUACGCGUGGUCUCUCUCUGCGUUUAACUUCCAUCCAUGUUCUGAUCUUAUGCAUCGCCGUCAAACUUAAAUUAUUAAUGAAAACAAAUCAAGAUGUGUGCAGAAGUAGGGAAAGAAUGUGUUUUGUGUGUAUGUGUUUUUUUGGUGGGGCAGGGAGGGGUUGAAAUAAAUCACAGAAAAACACCUAAAGAAAACUGGGAGCAGAGUUCCUCAUGAAAUAUAUACGAUCAGAGCUACACGUUCUACACAUUCUCUCUUCUCUGUGUGUGUGUGUUUGCCACUCAUCUCCUUCAAUGGGCCCUUUUGGUUUCAGAUGCAGUCUUUUCCAACUAAACUUGAGAAAUGUCUUUUGUCAGGUUUAGACAACAAAUGACCUAAAAGUAACAAAUAAAUCACUGUGGGCUUCUGGUUUCACUCGGGACACAAACUGGCGUUUCCCUCUGCAGUGUCCACUUUGUAGACUUCCUGCUGAUUGAAGGGGUUACAUGCAAACAUAAGUGACUUUUUAUGGGUCACUGCUGGAUGCACAUCAGACACACCUCAAGUGCAACCAAUUUGUGUUGAUUGCACUUUGAAUGCCUGUUUCAGUCUCUGUUCCAAGUGCUUUUAAGGGAAACCUCCUGAAAUUUUAAAAUCAGAAAUUUUGGUUUAAUUGUUUGUUUAUUUGUUUUGGUAUUUUUUAAAAGAUUUUAUAUGACUACAUAUUGGGUGAAAAAAGCACAGAUUUGUACUUAAUUGUCCCCCGAUAUGCCCUUUUGUAUAACAAUAUU